CGUGCCGUGGGUCCGAGGUUUUAGUUCGGUUUUAGCCCUGAUUCCGUGAGGACGCUCGCCAGGCGCACCGCUCCGCGUUCCGUUCCGUUUCGUACCGUACCGUACCGUUAUUCGACUGGCUCGCACGGAGCCUACCGCUCACCCACACUCCUGCAAGUACACUCGCACACAGACGGGGAGCACUCGUGCCGCGAUAACAACGCCAAAUUAUCGAGUCUGCGCCAACAUCCAGCGGAUGGCAAGUGCGAAUCUUAAAGUGGCCAACUGGCAGUCCUAGACCAGGCCGAGAACCCCUGCCCCCUUGUGCUUUUCUAUCGCCAUCUCCCCUCCCUUCUGUGCCCCCUUUGCUACAGCGGGUCAUGUGAACAGCCGCCACAAUGCGGCGAUAGCGAAACGCCAAUUGAAAUCGCGACUCCGCGGGUGCAACAAAUCCAAAUCCAAGUGACCAGACAAAAAGUGCUCCCAGUGGUGACCCAAAACAAAUGUGUCGCACCAACAGCUGGAGUGGCAGCAACGGUAACUGCUGCUCUUUAUAGUGCAACAUCGGGCCUCAUCCCCCCUCUCAUUCGCUCCCAGAACAGUCCGCUAAUAGCCAACAAAGCGAGCAUAACGGCCAGAAAAAUGGCUUUGCAGCAGCAGCAGCAACAACAACAACAGCAACACAUCAAGUGGCAGCAACAUGCAACAAAGCGACGACGCUGCCGUCAACAUUGGAUUAAACAUCUUCAGCUCUUGGGCCUCGCUGUCAUCAUCCUGGCCAGCGGCCCCGCUCCCGGCCACGCCCAGCAGCAGAAGUUCCGGACCACGCCGCACGACUUGCAGGUCCUCGAAGGAGCCGAGGCCAUGAUGCGCUGCGAGGUGGCCAACGUGGCAGGAGCGGUCCAGUGGACCAAGGAUGGCUUCGCCCUCGGCUUCUCCGCCGUGAUUCCCGGUUACCCUCGAUACUCGGUACUGGGUGACCGAAAGCAAGGAAUCUACAACCUGCGCAUCUCGAACGCCUCCAUAAACGAUGAUGCGGACUACCAGUGCCAGGUGGGACCGGCCAGGCUCAACAGCGCCAUUCGUGCCAACGCCAAGCUGACCGUCAUAUCUCCGCCAGCCUCGAUCGAGAUCAAAGGUUACAGCCACAAUUCCAAGGUGGAGGUGCGCGAGAACCAGGACCUGCAGCUCAAGUGCAUCGUGGCCAAUGCUAAGCCGGCGGCUCAAAUCGUCUGGUACCGCGGCAACGUCGAGUACAAACCAGAAAAACGCGAGGACGUCGUGGAGGAGUCCACUGCCAAAAGGUUCACCACCACCUCGAGUCUGAAGUUGAAGCCAGGACCCGAUGACGACUACACGGAGUACACGUGCCAGGCGAAGCACAAGGCCCUUUCGCCGGACAUGCCCAUGCGGGCCACCGUUCAACUGUCCGUGUUGUAUCCGCCGGGUCCGCCAUAUAUCGAGGGCUAUUCGCCGGGGGAAACUCUUCGUCGUGGCCAAACUGUGGAGCUCAUGUGCCGGAGUCGCGGCGGCAAUCCGCCUGCCCAGCUCAUCUGGUACAAGAACGGAUCCCAGAUACGAAUGGCCUACAGGACCGCUGGCCGACUGUCCGAGAACAUCUACACCUUUACCGCCGAGGCGGGGGACAACAAGGCGCGCUUUCGCUGCGAGGCGAGCAACGUGAUGUCGCAGAAUCCGCUGAAGGCGGAAGUGGAGCUCUCUGUGCUGUUUGCACCCACCCACGUCACCGUUAUGGGACCCACCGAGGCGCGAGUCGGCGAUAUCGUGCCGCUGACGUGCACCACCGCACCAUCGAAUCCGCCCGCCGAAAUCAAGUGGAUGGUGGGUGGCCGCCAGGUGCGCAACGCCACCUCAAAGACGAUUGUCAGUCCUGAAGGCGGUUGGACGACCACCUCGAACAUCACCGCCACAGUGGAGCCGAACAAGCGCUCGCUGGUCGCCAUCUGCCACGGACUCAACAUGCAGCUGACCGAGAACGUGGUCUCCACCCACACGAUCAACGUGCUGUAUCCUCCCGCGCCGCCAUUAAUUUCUGGCUAUAUGGAAGGACAAAUUAUCCCAGCUGGCUCCGUGCAAAAACUGCUUUGCGUUUCAUCAGGCGGCAAUCCGUUGGCGACGCUAACAUGGUACAAAAACGACAAGAGGAUAAACUCGGUCAUACGGGCCGCGGACAAAUCGGUCUCGGCCGAAAUCACCGUUCUGGCCAACGUGUCCGACAACCAGGCCCAAUACCGCUGCGAGGCCUCCAACAGCGCCACCGAGAUCCCGCUCUUCCAGUCCACCACGCUCAGCGUGCACUUUGCCCCGGAGACGGUCAAAAUACGCAUUGAACCGGAAGAACUGCGACCUGGCAUGGAGGCAGCCAUCAUCUGCGACUCCAGCUCCAGCAAUCCGCCGGCGAAGCUCUCCUGGUGGAAGGACGGCAUCCCCAUCGAAGGCAUUAAUAACACGUCCAAGCCCGGACUCUGGGGCGGCACGGUCUCCACGCUGGAGUUCAGGGUAAACAUCACACAGGAAAUGAACGGCCAGGUCUACACCUGCCAGAGCGCCAACGAGGCUCUCCAGCGGAGCGUCCACGAGGCGGUCAGCCUGGAUGUCCUGUAUCGACCCAAGUUCGUUCCGCCGCCCUCGUCGACGGCAGUUGGCGCCGAGGGCGAAUCGCUGCAGGUGCUGCUCCAAACGCGGGCCAACCCCACCGCGGUGGUCUACAAGUGGACCAAGGACGGGGCCACCAUUCCCCAGGACGGCGAGCACCGCAUCUUCGCGGACGGCGGCAGCCUGAACUUCACCCGGUUGCAUCGGGAUGAUGCGGGCAUCUACUCCUGCAGCGCCUCCAACUCGCAGGGCAAGGCCACCCUCAACAUCACCGUGCUGGUGGAAUACGGAACCACCAUCAAAUCGGUGUCGGAGAACAUUGUCGUCAAUCCCGGCGAGGACGCCAUGCUCUCCUGCACCGUGGAGGGCAAGCCGCUGACCGAGGAGCACGUGAAGUGGGAGCGGGUGGGCUACGACAUGACCGUGAAGACAUCGACGACCUUUGCGAACGGCACUUCCUACCUGCACAUCAAGAAUGCCCAGCGCGAGGAUGUGGGCAACUUCCGCUGCGUGGCCGACAAUCGGGUGGCCAACCCAACCAACCGCGACAUCCUGCUAAUUGUCAAGUUUGCUCCUGAGAUUGCGAAGGCUCCCACGCUGCUGCGAGCAGCCAGUGGAACCGGAGAACGGGGUCGACUGCCUUGCCGGGCACAGGGAUCCCCGAAGCCGAACUUCAUCUGGCGGCAGGAGAAGAAGGACCUGCCCAUCAACCGCACCUACAAGUACGAGGUGGAGGAGCGCAAGAUUGACUCGCUGACCUACGAGUCCACUCUCAUCGUGGACAAAGUGGCGCCGGCGGACUACGGGGCGUAUGAGUGCGUGGCCCGCAACGAUCUCGGCGAGUCGAUUGAGACUGUUCGACUGGAAAUCACCUCCCAGCCGGAUCCGCCCCUCAGCCUCAAUAUCCUGAACGUCACCCACGACACUGUCACCGUGGCCUGGACUCCGGGUUUCGACGGAGGCCUCAAGGCUUCAUAUCGCGUCCGCUAUAGGAUGGCCGACCGCGAGCAGUACAAAUACAUCGACGGGCUGCCGAACAGCCACAAGCUGACCAUCGGCGGGCUGCGGAUGAAUACGCUCUAUCUCUUCUCGGUGAUGUCCUGGAACGAGCUGGGCCAGAGCUCCUACCUGCCGGAUUUGGCGCGGGCCGAGACCAAAGAAGCCCCGCCCCCUUCGCAUCCGGCAUCCUCGCUGGGAGGCGGACCGCCGACCACCAGCCAGACGCCGCUGGGCGGCACAUCGGGCAUGCUCCUGGUGGGCGUGGGCGCCGGCGUCGUCGUCGUUCUGCUCAACGUGUUUGUCAUCGGCUGCUGUCUGCACAAACGGAACGAGAAGCGCCUCAAGCGAGUGGCGGAAACUACAAAUCAACCGGCGAAAACGGCAACCAUCGAGAUGUACGCUCCCAGUUCGUAUAAUGACACCGUAACCGGCGAGACGCUGUCCAGCGUUUCUGAGAAGAGCGAAUCCUACUCCAACGAGGGCAGCAGCCAGCCGGAAUAUAUUGACGAGGCGCGCAAGAAGGCGGCAUCCACGUAUCUCGUCGAGGGCUCGGAUAUGCCGCCGCCCAGAUACCAGAAGGAUGGCACCCUGCCAGUCAUAUACCCCAAUAAUAUUGUGAACGCGUGUACGCUGCCGCACCCGAGGCACAAUAAUGGCAGCGCCGCCAUUCACAUGACCCGGGAUGAUCAGAUGCUAAUCAGCAAGGGCGUCUAUAUUCCGUCCCCGUCGCCGGCGCCGCCUCCAGAUGGCUCCUACUACAACAUGAACAGCGACAGAUACUUGUCCUAUCCGCCAAUGGAAUACCCAGCUGCUAUGGACUUCACGGCCCAACCAAUGCCGCUGGCGCACCUGCAACCGAUCGCGGUGACCUCGCUGGCCACCAACGGCGGCGCCACGCUGAUCGGCAACGGAUCGGUGGCGGCGGUGGCCGGUGGCUCGGGCACCCUGCGGCGGGGCAUCCUGCGCGGAGUGGUGGGCGUGCCGCAGCCAGAUGUGACCCACCAUACGUCGGGAGUGGGCGGGAGUCCGCUGCAGAUGCUGCACGACCUGCACCCGGUGAAUUUGAGUGCCUCGACGCUCACCACCAGCACCACCCUGAAUGGCAGCCUGCCGACGACCACCGCCACGCUGCCCCGCCAGCCGCACGGCAUCCUUAAGGAUCCCAACCGCAACAAGCAGCAGCAGCAGCAGCAGCAGCAAAUCCAGCAGCAGCAACAGCUGCUAAAUGCCAGCCUGGUGGGCGUUCCCGUUUCCGCGGGAAUGGGGAGCCUGCAGAUCCUGAACCUGCCGCCGGCGAACGGCGGACUGGGCAACAACCUGCUGAUGACCACCAGCGGCGCCUUCGAUCCCACGGCGGUGGGCAUGAGCAGCUUCGCCGGUGGCAUCAGCCAAGCGGGCGGCAUCCCGGUGGCCUACACGGAUGCGGACGGGCAUCUCGUAUAGCUGUAGGCGGGAACUGGGGCCAUCGGCGGCUGCAGCGGCAGCAGCACCACCACCAGCUGCAGCACCACCGUGCGGAUCAUCUCCGGCAGCGAGCCCCGGUUCUGAGAAGCCAUCAUCGGAAGCGUCAUCUUGUGAUGACCCCAGCGUAAUCUCCAGCGUACUCUGUAAUCUGUAUCUGUAUCCAAAAACCUACUCGCAAGGAUGUAGCUAGUUUAGGAGCUUUCUCUUCGGCAAGCGGGUCCCUUUGGAUUCCCCUGUCCAGCAGCCACAGCAGCUUCCUCAUCCACUUGCCAUUACCUUAUUCAAAUCAGCCAGCGAAUUAGUUUAUGCAAAUUUCCACCCAAUUCCUACGACUGCCCCGCUCAAUGUGGGUGUUUAUUUAGAUAAGGACUCGGUGGGUCGGUGGGUGGGAAUGGUGGGAUUGGUGGGUGGAACCCACCGGGGGAGUGAGCAUAAUUUCGCAGAGAGUUUUACUAAUUAGCCGGCAGCAGGAGCAGGAGCAGCAGGAAGCGGGCGAAAAUAAUUUGAAAUUUCCUCGGACUCGAACGCGAAUAGCGAAACGCUCCAGAGCCUUUGACAGCUCCCAGGGGCGUGCUUCGGAUUCGGAUUCGGCUCAGGACCAGGCUGAGGCUCCUGCUCCUUCUCCUUCUCUAGCUGGCUCUGGCUCCUUCUGAAGUCGACUGGGCACGUGAUUGCCCUGGACGGCGCCGGCGGCCACGGUCGUCGAAAGUUGAAGGUUGACAGCCGCCAACUGCUCAGCCACCUCCAACCCCAAAAGCAAACCAGAUCUGGGUGCUAGAUUUGCCACCUCCCUUUUAAUGGGGCAGCUGGAAAAUCUGGGAAUGGGUCUGGGUCCCGUAGAAAACACAGUGGAGCUCACUUAACUCAAACCACUCAACACUUGGGCUUUCAAGUCAAUUUAAGAGCAAAACAAUUACACUUGUGGUGCUUCAUUUUACAUUUUCAAAUUUAAUUGUUCGCUUUUUUAAACAAAAUUAAAUUACAUCUUUUAAAGUUAUUCUAAAACCAUGAUUUAAAAUGUUGAAAAUGACUGAGACUAUUUAAAAUCCCUGUUUAAACAUUUUCAAACAAAGAGUUGUUUCAAGAACUGAUAAAUGUAUUUGGAUUUGUAAUUAUCGAGUUGAAACUUUUUAUUUCACAAAGUAUACUUGUUAGCCUUUAUUACCACACAAGUUUGUCUGGGUAAACAGAAGAGCAGUUUCAGCUAGGAGGACUCCUCUGAAGUCAAACAGGAUUAAAAGAACGUCACUGCUAGUUAAGGAGCCCAACUUAAAGACUUGAAAAGAAAAGCUAUAGAAUCCGUGUUUUAUGGAAACUUCACUUAUAUUCUUGGGAAUUUCCAUGGCUGAAAAUCAAGGCUGCCCGAGGAUUACGCCGAGGAAUUCAAGUUCCCAGCUUCUCGAGUUGUUCGACUCAAUCUCCCCGAUGGAAAUGCGCAUAUCGCAGAUAUGGCGAGGAGGCGGCCACGCCCACGCAGCCAUUAUAUGCAGAAGCUGAAGCUGACUGUAUCUUCAGCCAUCCAACUGUCAUUCGAGUGGCGCUGCCGCACAUAAACAGUUUUCAUUUGCCCCUCGUCGCAGCUCAGCGAGCGUGACAUGCCAAUCCUGGCCUGGGUUGCCAUUAGCUCCUCCACUUCGAGACCAGGAGAGUCCCGCUAUCCCAAGGACCUCUCAUCUCUGUUCCGCCUCCUCCUGCCAAGAAUUCACAUUCGCAUCUUUGACUUUGUAGGCAAGUUCUUGAGAUCCUCCGUGCAUAAUUGCCAGCAGCAGCAUUGUGUGGAUUUUAAUAUUCAUUUGGCUGUAAUUGCCGGAGCCGGAAUCCAAGGUCGGAAUCGGGGGAAGUGCACCACUGCAGCCACGAGUCCUCACUGGAUUAUCGCAAAUGAAUAAAUGCCCUGAUUUCGGGCAUAGAUGGAGGCGGAUUGGCUGGGCGCAGCACAAACACAGAGUGUGUAAUUAAAAGUGAAAUUAUCUUUGAGAUUAACGCACGCGUAGACAAAGACAAAGGCGAUGGAAAAGAGGCGGGGAAAAUGGGGGAAAAGCGGGGAAGGAGUCGGGGGAAAAUGAAGAAAAAUACGCGGAAUGAAAUUAAGAACGAAGAUGAGGCGACUUUGUGUGUAUGUACACAUGGGUGUACUUUUCCACUGCGGAUUUUCCGCAAUUGAAUAAUUGCGAUGGCCGAGUCCAGAUAAAUGUUAAAUGAGCGGGAAAAUAGGGAAACCCAUACGGAGAUACCUGUUGGGUUUUCUCCCAUGGAAAAGUGGCAAGGACAGGGGCUGCGGGGACCCACUCUAUACCAGAUAUGUGAAUGUAUAGCUUGUACUCAACUCUACGAGUAGUGCUGCCAAAUUGCAUUAAUAAUUAGACUUUAACUGGAAACGUAGCCCUAAGUAGCUAAGCCAAACAAUUUCGAACCACUACUCAAUCAGCAAGCCAAACCUUUCAAAUUGUACAAUACCACAGGGCAGAAGCCGAAAAGCAAACGAUUACCGAAUAGCGAUAAAUAAUUAACGACUAACGAUUAACGAUUAAAAGGACAAAUGCAGGUAUAUCGAUACAUACGGAGAGUCAUUGCAAUUCAUAGGUGUAAACGUAGCAUACUAUUUCGCAUCUCGUAACUCUUAGAUCCCAGACCCCAAAACAAACCCUCUAAAAGUUUGGAGCUUGGCAGGGAAUUCCCGACGAAAAACACACACAUAGGAAUAACCAACUCGCUGUCUUCUUAGGGAUAACUACAUAUUUGAUUGCACUCGAACCUAUUACUCCGCAAAGGAUCUAUCCUGGUGUCCUCAACUCGCAGCCAUCUCACAAAUCUUGUAUGUCUUCCCCAGCUUGUCCUGACGAUUGUUGAUUGCCCCUGAUUUGAUCCACAAAUACGUAUUUAUAGUUACACAUACAUAUUAGUUUAAACUCGAAACUAACACACUUGUCGGGGGAAUAAAUAAGACUUACUGUAGAUAAUUAUGUUUAAAACAAUUAACAAACACGAAAUCAAGUUGUUCAAUUUGUAUUUUUGCCAAAGAGAUAUUUGUUAAACAAAGAAGGAUUACUAGCAGCUGGAUUUUGUGUGUGCUUGUUUCACUCUCGCUGUGUUUGAUUGUUGUACGAUUGAAUUAGAGUCCCUACUUAUAUGAUUUCGGAAAUCCUCCCAUUCGACGUUAACGUAGCAUAAUUGAAGCAGCAGCUGAAGGCGAUGACACACAAGACUUGAAUACCGAACCUAGGUUAAUGUUAAAUGUUAAUGCAAAUCGAAAAGGAAACUUAAUGCAACUAAGUGUGCGUGUGUACAAAGAGGAUUAUUUAGCAAUGGAUGUGAAUGUUUUUACCACACAUUGGGUUAUGUAUUUUAUGUAGUCUGUAUGCGUAUAUCUAUAACUACAAUUAACUGAAAGCAUUGUACAGUAGUCGAGAGGGAAAAACAAUAAUUAACAAGGCGUAAGUUCAUUCGAAGAAAGAAAGAAAAUAAAGUAACGCAUUCAUAAACACAAAGCAUAAGUCGCCACUCAGAAAACUGUAUAAAACAAAAAACCAACAAAACAAUUCUUAAAAAAAAAAAGAAAUUAUUGAAAAACUAUGAAAAUUAAUGCAUAUGAAACCUACUGCAUUUUUAAAAAAGAUCUGUUAACAAAUGAAUAAUAAAAGCAUAAAAAGGAUGAAUACCAAAACCGAAAUGCAUUUCCAUUGCCGAACAAAGGGCCAACCGAUUACGGCACAAAGGACAAUUUAAUGGCAAAACUUUCGAAUCAAUUUUCAGCGGCAGGACU